ACGCGCCCUCCCCAUCACCCCCACGCCUGGCCUUCAUGUUUACUCUAAUAGAACCGGACGCCGAGUUUGCGCGUGCGCGUUGUAUGAUGACAGUUCCAUAGCAACCGCUGAGGAGAACAUGGCAAAAUCAACAACUAUUAAAGAGGCUCUUGCGAAGUGGGAGGAGAAGUCAGCAGAAAAAGCAGGUGAUGCCAAAGAAGUCAAGCUCUAUGGCCAAAUCCCUCCUAUUGAAAAGAUGGAUGCCUCUCUCUCCACCCUUAUUAACUGCGAGAAACUGUCCUUGUCAACCAACUGUAUUGAAAAAAUCGCCAACCUAAACGGAUUAAAGAAUCUCAAGAUAUUAUCCCUGGGUCGUAACAACAUCAAGAACCUAAACGGACUAGAGGCCAUAGCAGAUACAUUAGAGGAACUAUGGAUCUCCUACAAUCUCAUAGACAAGCUGAAGGGAAUCCAUGUGAUGAAGAAGCUCCGUGUCCUGUACAUGUCCAACAACUUGGUCAAAGAGUGGGGAGAGUUUGUGAAAUUGGCCGAGCUUUCAACCCUGGUCGAUCUGGUCUUCGUGGGCAAUCCUUUAGAAGAGAAAUACUCUGCUGAGGGAACAUGGAUAGACGAGGCCACUAAGAGGGUCCCCAAUCUGAAGAAGCUUGAUGGGAUCCCAGUAAUCAAGCAAGAAGAGGAGGAGAAAGAUGCAGAAAGUUAAUCUUUUUUUUUGUUUGUUUGUUUUUUGGUACAGUUUUGCAGACUUCACUACACCAUGUUAACAAUGAAGAGAUUGUCGUAUUUUGCCGACUUUUAUAAAUUGACUUUUAAUUUAUACCCUUCUAACUGCUCAUUAAAAUGUUUAAAGUAUUUAUUAAAAAAGUGGUGAGAAACGUCUUGUAGAUAAGCUGAUGCACUUUGUGGCAUUAUGUAGCCUUGUGUAGAUGUGACUGUAACAUAAACAUAUCAUAUUUAUGGUGUAAAUAUAUGGAGAUUCACACCUAAAGGCACAAACAUUAAAGUUUUUAACAAAUGAAGACAAAAUCUAACGGAUUAACGAAGUUUCAAAUGAUAUGGACGCUGUUUUGGUUUUUCACAGUCGUUUUCAAAGAUUUUUUUAUUGUGAUUCUUACUUCAUUUUAUUACUAUUAUUAGAUAAGUUUCUAUGAUAUACAUUUGUGUGAUUUAUUGAUAUAUUUAAAACUACUGUUUCAAUAAAAGAACAAAACCAA